UUGAUUUUACAGGGACACGAUUCUUCACUUAAAACCCGAAAAUAUAAAUCAUCAAAUGAACGUUGACAUUUUCAACAACGUGACAAAUCUUCUAAAAUCAACAUUUCCAAGAAUGCCGGUUUAUCCUUCUUUUGGUAACCAUGACACCGAUGUCACGGACCAGUUUGAGCCAAGAAAUACAUUAUUAUAUAAACAAGCAUGGUCAAGAUGGCGUAGCUGGAUUAAUGACGACAUUCAGGAGGCAACUUGUAGGAAAGGUGGGUAUUACACAGUGAAAGCUUCACCUUACCUCAGGAUCAUUGUUUUAAACACAAUUCUUUAUUACAAACGAAACAAACAGGUGACCUCAGAUGGUGAUCCGGCAGGUCAAUUUCGUUGGCUUGUUGAUGCAUUACAGUAUGCACGAAAACAAGAAGAAAAGGUUAUAAUCACGGCUCAUAUACCGCUGGGAGUUCAACCAAACGGUGAAACAGAAUUAUACAAACAUCAGAAUGAUCGACUCAUCGAAAUAUCAAAUCAAUAUUCUGACGUCAUUGUAGCCAUGCAUUUUGGACAUGAACAUACAGAUGCCUUUAAAGUGCUAACAGAUGAAAAGGGGGUACCCACUGUACCUAUAUUUUUAGCGCCGUCGGUGUCUCCACUUGGAUAUUCUCUUUCACAUAAUCCGGGCAUACGUCUUAUUAAAUAUAAUCGAAUAACCGGAUUACAUUUAGAAAUCAUUCAAUAUUUCCUUGACGUAGAAGCGGCGAAUAUUGCGGGCACUGCAUCAUGGGAACUCGAAUAUUCAACUUCCGGUGCGUACGGUUUAAAUAAUCUGUCUCCCGGAUCACUGUUUUCAUUGAUUAACCGAAUGAAAGCAGCCGACAGCCAAGAAUUCAAGAGCUUUUGGAAACAUUACGUUGUUACCCCGCCCAAGAGCUUAUUUAAGGAAUGUGACUCAAAAUGUCAUGCAAGGGUGUUUUGUAGAUUUUCAAAGCUUACGGAAAGCGAUUUUGCAAAAUGCUUACAGGAAUUUGAUGUCGAUAAUAUUCAAAAAUUUUGGAGAUGGUUUUUCAGAAGAUAAUUUUCAAGGACUAUAUAAUAAAAAAAUCAUAUGCAAUGUUUUCUUUCUUCGAGUUUUGUCAUAUUUAGCAUAGGGUUUUAUCUUUUUGUAAGAAAUGUUCUAUAUUAAUCUUACCAUUUUAUUUGGACAUAAAAUAUUUUAUUUCCAAGAUAAUCUACGGUGCUGGGACGUUAUUACUUAUAUACGUAGAUUGGUUAUUUGUGUCUAUUUAUGCGAUCAAACACAUAAAGCUGUGAAAUUACCAAUGUUUUGAAUAGGUUGAAUGGUUUGAAAUUACACAGCACUUUUUU